GGAGCUGACUUGUUUGAAUAGGCUCUGGCAGACUCGCUUGCGGAAUAGCUAAGAACUUCUGCAAGACUCCGAGAAACUUCUUCAGUCUGAGGCUUUCUGUUUGGAAUAUGUCAGACUUCAGCCUGGAAUGAAGACAGCUUCCCCGCAAGCAUAAAAGAAGGGAGUAAAACAAAACACUGGAAGGUUGAAUUGAAUAUCUGACAUCUUCAAAGGCUGUAUGAAACAGUAAGUUAAAUCCCAUUACCCACUGGAGACAACCAAGGAAAGAAUCCUGUCUACUGGCCUUGAUAUGGAGUUACCUCCCUCCCGUCUCGCACCCGAUAAUUAGUAGUACAGCGUGUGCAGGUGUGCUGACCAAUGGAUCAUGACUGCCUUUGAAACAAGAGUCGGAAAAAAAAUUCCAGACACUACAUUCUAGCUUGUGAAAACAAGACACAGUGGAGCGGUCUUGUGUUUGUUUCUGAAACUAAAAACCAUGUUCACUGGCGUCUCGUGUCGGUAAAGAAGACUGUUCCGAUAGUUGGAGUUUUUAACAGAACGUUGGCUUCUUGAUCAUAUUUAUUGGAUUACUGGAAGAAUCAAAAGUUUUUUGGAGAAACCAUUAUGGAAUCCCCAAAUAUGAAGACCAGGAAGACGCAGUCAGAACCUCAAGUGAACGGAGAUGAGGAGAACUGCCGAUUUCUCUCUGAAAACAUUAUCUAUGUGGUGGAAAGAUGCAUGAGCUCUAUGCAAGCUGGUACCCAAAUGAUCAAACUCCGGGGGAGUUCCAAAGGUUUGGUUCGCUUUUAUUAUCUGGAUGAACAUAAAUCCUGCAUACGAUGGAGACCAUCGAGGAAGAAUGAAAAAGCCAAGAUUUCCAUAGAUUCCAUUCAGGAAGUCUGCGAGGGAAAACAAUCAGAGAUUUUCCAGAGAUAUGCGGAUGGCAGCUUUGAUCCAAAUUGCUGUUUCAGUAUUUACUAUGGUGAUCGCAUGGAAUCUCUGGAUUUGGUAUCCUCAAGUGGAGAGGAGGCUCGCACAUGGAUUACAGGACUUAAGUACCUGAUGGCCGGGAUAAGUGAUGAGGACAGCCUUUCCAAGCGUCAGAGAACUCGUGACCAAUGGUUGAAGCAGACUUUUGAUGAGGCGGACAAAAACGGAGAUGGAAGCUUAAGUAUAAAUGAGGUUUUACAACUCAUGCACAAGCUGAAUGUCAACCUUCCGCGUCAAAAGGUGAAGCAAAUGUUCAAGGAAGCGGAUACUGAUGAUAACCAAGGUACUCUUGGUUUUGAUGAGUUCUGUGCCUUCUACAAGAUGAUGUCAACAAGGAGGGACCUCUACCUGCUUAUGCUUACCUACAGCAACCACAAGGACCACCUGGAUCCUGACGACUUAAAGCGAUUCCUAGAGGUUGAACAAAAGAUGAUGAAUGUGACAAAAGAAUACUGCCUGGACAUUGUAGUUAAAUUUGAGCCUUGUCCUGAAAAUAAGAAACUAGGAGUCCUCGGGAUUGAUGGUUUCACGAACUACAUGAGGAGUCCAGCAGGAGAUAUCUUCAAUCCAGAACACCAUCAAGUCAAUCAAGAUAUGACCUGGCCUCUGAGCAAUUAUUACAUCGCCUCCUCUCACAACACCUACCUGAUGGGAGACCAGCUGAUGUCCCAGUCCAGAGUGGAUAUGUACGCGUGGGUCUUGCAAGCUGGAUGCCGUUGCGUGGAGGUUGACUGCUGGGACGGGCCUGAUGGGGAGCCGAUCGUCCACCAUGGUUACACGUUAACCUCGAAAAUACUCUUCAAAGAUGUUAUAGAAACAAUAAAUAAAUACGCGUUCAUCAAAAAUGAGUUCCCUGUUAUCCUGUCCAUCGAAAACCAUUGCAGUGUGAUGCAGCAGAAGAAAAUGGCCCAGUAUCUAACGGAAAUCUUAGGGGACAAGUUAGACCUCUCUGAUGUCUUCAACGAAGAUUCCACAAGACUCCCAUCACCGGAAAACCUGAAGGGCAAAAUAUUAGUGAAGGGAAAGAAGCUUCCGUCCAGUAUCAGCGAUGAUGCAGAAGAAGGCGAGGUUUCUGAUGAAGACAGCGCGGAUGAAAUCGAUGACGACUGCAAACUAUUAAACGGGGAUGCUUCCGCCAACCGGAAGCAAGUGGAAAAUAUAGCCAAGAAGAAACUUGACUCCUUAUUGAAGGAAUCCAAAAUCCGGGACUGUGAAGAUCCCAACAAUUUUACUGUCUCCACACUGCCAGCCUCUGGGAAACUCGGCCACAAACCUGAGUUAAAGAAGAAAUGUAGCACUGGACCGGGAGGGGAAGGAACGAUGAGCAAGACAGAAGAGGAAGUAGAAUCCGGGGAAUCACCCAGCCCUAACAAACGGCACAGUCGUUCAUUAAUGGGAAGCUUCUCCAAGCGAAAGAAAAAAGGUGCAAGAAUGAAAAAGAGUUCCAGCUUAGAAGAGGCAGAAGAUAGCCUUGAUCAUCAAGGAAGCUUAGCCAGAGCAUCUGUACAUUACAGCAGAAUAAACAGGCAGAAGAAGACCAUGAAGCUUUCAAGAGCUCUGUCUGACUUGGUGAAAUAUACAAAAUCUGUUGGCAUCCAUGACGUGGACACGGAAAUCUCUUCAAGCUGGCAAGUGUCUUCAUUUAGUGAGACAAAAGCUCAUCAGAUCCUUCAACAGAAGCCAGCUCAAUUUGUGCGAUUCAACCAGUACCAAUUGUCACGGAUUUACCCAUCGUCCUACAGAGUUGACUCCAGCAACUAUAACCCCCAACCUUUUUGGAACAGUGGCUGUCAGUUAGUUGCUUUAAAUUACCAGUCUGAAGGAAGAAUGUUGCAGCUGAACCGAGCCAAGUUUAGCUGCAAUGGAAGCUGUGGAUAUGUUCUGAAGCCGAAAUGCAUGUGUCAAGGUGCCUUUAAUCCCAAUUCCGAGGAUCCAUUACCAGGUCAGUUUAAGAAGCAACUUGUAUUGCGAAUAAUCAGUGGACAGCAGCUUCCGAAACCAAAAGACUCCAUGCUGGGUGACCGUGGAGAGAUCAUUGAUCCCUUUGUGGAAGUCGAGCUGAUUGGUCUGCCAGUGGACUGCUUCAAAGAACAAACCCGGGUUGUUGAUGAUAAUGGUUUUAACCCCAUGUGGGAAGAAACUCUUGUGUUUACAGUUCACAUGCCGGAGAUCACCCUGGUCCGUUUCCUUGUCUGGGAUCACGAUCCAAUCGGCCGGGACUUUAUCGGCCAGAGGACAAUAUCAUUUAGUAGUAUGAUGCCAGGCUACCGGCAUGUGUACCUGGAAGGUAUGGAAGAGGCAUCCAUCUUUGUUCACGUAGCAAUUAAUGACAUCAGUGGUAAGGUCAAGCAGGCCGUGGGCUUAAAAGGACUCUUUCUGAGAAAUCCAAAACAAGCGUCUCUGGACAGUCAUGCUGCUGGACAGCUUCAUCGGAAACAUUCCAUUAGUAGCCACCUUUUAAGGAGGACUGCCAGCGCUCCUACUAAAGGUCAGCAAAAAAACAAAAAGGGCUUUCCAGAAAUUGCCAUUGACUCCAAAGACAACAGCUCAGAAGGAGCUAGCGAAGACAGAGAGACUGACGAUUGCUCUCUACCCCGCUUUGAUAAAGAGCCUGAAAGUGCUUCUCCAAUCCUACCUUCCAGAGAUGGUACUCCCACAGAAUUAAACAGCAAGAGUAUAAAAGACAACAGACAAAUCUCAAUUUAUAGGUCGGUCUCUUCGUUAUGCAGUCUGGAAACUAUUACGGAAGAGCCUUUGUUUGCCAAGGAAGUUCCUUUCAUUGGUCCGACUUUUCCUCCUCAGCCAACUGUCUCUCUCCAAAAGAAAAAUAGUGCCCCACAUGAUCAACCCAAGGAAUCCCAAUCUGAAUGUAAUCACAUGAACAGUACCUCUGAAAACGUGUACAGACCAAAUAAGCUGAAUGGUGAAUUUGCAAUGACUAAUGGUCCACUUUUAGAUCAUGGAAGAAACCAUUCAGGAAGACCUUAUAAAGACAAGAAUGGAAAUGUAUUGAGUUACCUCAAUGGGAAAGGUGAAACCACAGUAACCUUAACUUCAACAAAGUUAAAACCAGGAAUGUCUUUAUUAGCUGAUAUUUCAAAAAAUUGCACUGAACAUUGUCAAGUAAAACAGAGUUUAGCUGACCGUUUUACCAGUAAUAAAGCUGAGGGAAAUAAAACAAUGCAUUCUCAACCACCUGAACCACAAAUAAGACUUAAACCACACAUGAAACCUUCCUUAGGUUCUACUUCUGUUCAAAAACUGCAGUUCGACAGACUUGUUCAGCAACCAACAAUAGCCCGUGCUGGCCCACCGACAAUUGUAAGAAGAACAAAGAGCGAGGGCCAAGUAAUUGCAGGCCGCUCAGCCUUAAAGUCUCCUGUGGCUGAAGUGUAUUCAGAUGCCACCAUCAACGAUAAGAUUUGGAGCAAAUUAGAGUUGAAUAGUCAUAGGGACAGCAUGUCUUCGUCUUCCAGUAAGUCAUCCAAUGACACAGUGAUUGAUCUGUCUUUGCCCAACUUAGCUCAAAAGAGUUUGCUUGAUCUUGAUAUCUCUGAUGAUGACUUUGAAAACCUACAUCUGAAAAAUACCCUCCGUCCAAGAUCGGCAACAACUUCAGCAAGAGAAAUGUCAUUAGGUGUAACUAAAAGCAAGUCCAAUCCUAAUCUAAUGUCGAAUAACCAAGCAAUAGAUGACCUCAGUCCAAGACCGUUGGCCAGGAGCCCUGAAGAAGCAUUGCCACCUUUGCCACGACGGAACACUUGGAAUAGACUGUAUGUAGAGAGCCUAAAACAGACCAUUAAGAAGCCCAGCACCGAUAAUAAACCGUCACCCAACCAGUCAAUGUCCAAAAGUCUUGGGGAUCUAACCUCAGAUGAUAUUUCCAGCAAUUUUGAAAGCAAGUACAGGAGCAUAAGCAGAAGUUUCAUCACUAGGUCAACAAGGACACAGAAGAGACCAGUAGGCAUGAAGGCUCCUAUUACAUCUACAGAUGCAUUAACAGAGCAACUGCGGAAACUAACAAGUUUUCAGAGAGAAAACGAUAUCACUUCUCCUACAGAUUUUAAACCUGUUCAAUAUGAUGAUGAUGGAAUGAAUCUUCUGAGAAGAACAUCCUCAAGGAGUCAAAGCAGAGUGAGAUACAUUGCAAACAGAGCCAAGCAGGCUCAAGAAAGGCAAAGACUUCAAAAUCUGUGUCAGAUAAACGGUAAUUCCUUAGAGGAAAGAGGGAAUCCUGAAGGAGCCUGUGCAAUAACCAAAGGCAUCUGUAUGGAUACUGUGACACCCAAACAGCUUGCAUCUGAAUCUUUGGACACGUUUGGGCCAUGAUUAUAUAUGAGCACAUGUAGCAUUUAUGUUCCUCUAAACGGUGUGUUUGAUAAAUAUGUCCAUGCAAGAUAUACCUCAAAGGGAACAGAAGAAGGUAAUUCCUUUUGUGUUAGAAACUGUACAGGACAGCUUAAAUCCUAAAGCACUUAAGUACUGUGUAUAUUACAAUUUAAAUUGGUCAAUUUACACUGGGUCUGCAGUUCUUGAGCUGCCUUGCUAUAGUCUAUUUUUAAUCAGAUGAACCUAGAUCAUAACCUUAUACUCUGGAGGUACAGCUUCACCUCUGGCACAAUUUAUCUUGACACUGAUAUUCGCACAAAUGCAAAUUUAAGGGCCAAUAUACAGAAUGCUAUCCUUGAUUCCUAUUGCUUAAACAAUAUGUGAAUUUAUUUUUAAAUUGCAGCUGUACAUAGCACCUUUUAAAUUACAUUUUUGUUUGCACUGCCAUACAAGAUUUUCAAUAUAUGGUAUGUUUUAAAAAAAAAUUACAUUUUAAGAUUCUUCCUAAUGUAUAAACAGUAUAAAACAAUGCAUUUCCUCAUAUUUUUUUUUGGUUUUAGUUUCUCAAAAGUUUUCCAUUACAGCAUUGUGCUAGAUGUUCAUUUUAGACAAAUGUAUUAGUGAGAAAAAGUGUAUAUUUUUUAAACUUCAUUUAAACAUUUGUUGGGUUAUUUUUAUGAUCUAGUUUUUUUUUGUCAUAUUAAUAUUCUGUAUAUUACAAAACUUUAACAAUAUGUUUGUACGCAAACUGACUAUACUAAAUAAAAGUAUUUAACCUUA